GGACCGUCCCAAGGGCCUUUGAGUCGGGGAGGGGCUGAUCUGAAACACGUUGCAAAGUCCUGCUCCCCCUAAGAGGCCGGAGACUUGCGGGGCUGCCCCCAGGGAGGCGCCGUAGCCCGGAAUCCCCCUUCCCUGCCUGCGGGAGCGAACCGGACUUCGCCCCGGCGCGGCGCGGGCUGGGGGCCAGCGGCAGCGCCCCGCCCAGGGCCGGGUCGCCGGGCGGCGCAGAGCGGCCAGACCGGGCCAGCAUGUGGGCCGCGCUCCGGAGCGGCGCCGAGCGGACCUCGCCGCGGGGCAGCCGGGGUCGCGUUUGGGCCCUGAGCCUGGGGGUGGCGGCCGCGCUGCUCCUGCUCGGCUUCCUCAUCGGCUGGUUUACAAAACCUACUGAUGAGGUAACAGCCACUAAUUCUCAUGAAAAGGUGAAGAAGGCAUUUAUGGCUGAAAUGAAAGCUGAAAACAUCAAGCAGUUUCUAUAUAAUUUUACACAGCGUCCUCAUCUCGCAGGCACAGAUGAGAACCUGCGCCUUGCACAGCAAAUCCAAGGCCAGUGGAAGGAAUUUGGAUUGGAUUCGGUUGAGCUGGCUCACUAUGACGUCCUGUUGUCCUACCCUAAUGAAACGAAUCCCAACUACAUCUCAAUUAUUGAUGAGCAUGGAAAUGAGAUCUUCAAUACAUCAUUAUUUGAGCCUCCCCCUCCAGGAUAUGAGACUGUUACAGACGUUGUGCCACCAUACAGUGCCUUCUCAGCCCAAGGGGUACCAGAGGGUGAGUUGGUGUACGUCAACUAUGGCCGUACUGAAGACUUUUUCAAACUGGAGAGAGAGAUGGGAAUUAAUUGUACUGGAAAGAUUGUCAUUGCCAGAUAUGGGAAAAUCUUUAGAGGAAAUAAGGUGAAGAAUGCUGAGCUGGUUGGUGCCAAGGGAGUUAUUCUGUAUUCAGACCCUGCUGACUACUGCGCCCCUGGAGUAGAUCCCUUUCCAAAUGGCUGGAACCUUCCUGGAGGUGGAGCCCAGCGCGGGAAUGUGUUAAAUCUGAAUGGGGCAGGGGAUCCUCUCACGCCAGGUUAUCCAGCAAAAGAGUACACCUAUCGAUAUGAGGAAGCCAGGGCUGUAGGUCUUCCAAAACUUCCAGUCCAUCCCAUUGGUUACAAUGAUGCUGAAAAGUUAUUACGUAACAUGGGAGGACCUGCCCCACCAGACAGCAGCUGGAAAGGAAGCCUGAAUGUGUCUUACAACAUUGGGCCUGGUUUUGUGAGCAGUUACUCUACAAGGAAGGUCAAAAUGCACAUUCACAGUAGCAAUAAAGUGACAAGAAUUUACAACGUGAUCGGUACCAUCAGAGGAGCAACAGAACCAGACAGAUACGUCAUCCUGGGAGGCCACCGUGACUCCUGGGUCUUUGGUGGAAUUGAUCCUCAGAGCGGGGCAGCUGUGGUUCAUGAGAUUGUGAGAAGUUAUGGGAAAUUGAAGAAGGAAGGAUGGAGGCCCAGAAGAACAAUGAUAUUUGCAAGCUGGGAUGCGGAGGAAUUUGGCUUGCUGGGAUCUACAGAGUGGGCUGAGGAAAAUGCCAAACUAUUACAAGCCCGUGGGGUGGCGUAUAUCAAUGCCGAUUCCUCAGUUGAAGGAAACUACACUCUGAGAAUUGAUUGUACUCCGCUGAUGUACAGCCUGGUGUACAGCUUGACGAAAGAGAUACCAAGCCCAGAUGAGGGGUUUAAAGGCAAAUCGCUUUAUGAGAGCUGGUAUGAAAAAAACCCAUCAACAGAAUAUAAAGAUGUCCCCAGAAUAAAUAAGCUGGGUUCUGGCAAUGACUUUGAAGUCUUUUUUCAGCGGCUUGGCAUUGCUUCAGGCAGAGCACGUUACAGCAAAAACUGGAGAGUGGAAAAAUACAGUGGCUACCCAGUUUACCACAGUGUCUAUGAGACCUAUGAGAUUGUGGAGAGAUUUUAUGAUCCGACUUUUAAGAAUCACCUGACAGUGGCACAGGUACGAGGUGGGCUGGUAUUUGAACUGGCCGACUCCGUGGUCCUUCCCUUUGACUGCAGAGAUUACGCAGAGGCUUUAAGGAACUAUGCUCAAGUCAUCUAUAAUUUGUCAAAGAAUCAUCAAAUGGAACUGAUGACGUACAGUGUGUCGUUUGACUCUCUCUUUUCUGCUGCAAAGAAUUUUACAGACGCUGCCAUUGACUUUCACAGGAGACUGCAGCAAGUAGACAUCAAUAACCCAAUCGCUGUAAGAUCGUCGAAUGAUCAGCUUAUGUUUUUAGAAAGGGCUUUUAUUGAUCCUCUUGGUUUACCUGGCAGGCCAUUCUACAGACACAUUAUUUUUGCUCCGAGCAGCCACAACAAGUACGCUGGAGAGUCAUUUCCAGGGAUCUACGAUGCCAUGUUUGAUAUUGGAAACAAAGCAGAUCAGCGCAAAGCCUGGGAAGAAGUAAAGAGGCAGAUCUCCAUUGCAGCCUUCACUGUGCAGGCUGCAGCAGGGACGCUGAAGGACCUCGCUUAAACAUAUCAGCAACAUACUCAGAAGGGAAAGACUGGAGUUGACAGCUGUGGAGCCCUCAAAAACAGAGCAUUUACAGACAGGAGGAGGAUUAUUUAAAAACCUUGUUCUUUGCAAACAGUCCAGUCCGGUCAGUCUCCCUCUCUCACUUCCAUUACAUUUAACAACAUUAAGGUAUGAUCCUUCUGAAACUCUAUUAGGAGAGAGUGGAGUUGAGAUCAUUGUUCAAGUGAGAUACUAAAUUAAAAGACGUUCAUUUCAAAUAGCCACCUCAUAUUUAAAAACAACGCCCCCCCACACGCACACAGAAAACCCCUGAUUUCCUUUCCACUUAACAUGUUAAAUUGCAGAAAUCACAAUUUUUGUAGUUUCACAGUUGUGCAAUGUAAUUAAUCUAAUAUAUUAGCCUGAUUGUUUUGAUGAUUAUCUUGUAGUACUUUUAUCAGUAAAACAGAACAGUCACCCUUAUUUCCAACACUUUCUAACAUAUUAGUUAACUUUCUAGUAUUUUCUACAAGGUUGCAUAAAUAUACUCUGGGUGAUGCCCUUGCAACUCCCCCAUUGCACAAGGAGUCACACAAUGAGAUGGGAAUAUCUCCUUAAAAUGGUGUCACAGAUGGCAUGGGGGAAAGGUAGCAAUCAUGGAGAGUUCUGGGCUGAGAGCUCAGGUGACUCGUCUAUGUUACUUUUCUCUUAGCAUCUUGAAGCCAUUUAAAAACAACAAGAAACCUCUCGGUCACUAUUAAUAAAAAGGUGGAUGGGAACAAUAAAUGUCAGCCGUGAAAUGGCCUCGCACAAAUAGGCUUUCCGCCUGAGGAUGAAGAUCUAUUUAUUUGUGCCAAAGGUAUUCCUAACUAAAUUUAUUUGUUUGUCUGUUUUCAAGGUAUUUCUAAUGCACAAGCAAUUAGAAGCAAAGGAGACACUGAUGACUUUGAAAGAGCCAAACUAUUACUGUCUUCCUUAGACUCUCCUUUCAAGUUUUGCUAUAAGUACAGUACACCUGCCAUCUGUAAAAUUUGUAGAGAAAAAAAAAAGUGGGACAAAGUACAAAUUUAAACAUGUACGAGUCUGGCAUGCAGUUUACUCUAUGAUCAGCUGUGGCUGCUCUACUGAGCACACAAGCCAACUCAAAUCAGAGAGAGAAAAGACUUUCAAAGUUAGGUCACCUCUCCAAUCCCCUGCCUCUUGGAUUUUUCCCAAUUAUGUAGUUCCUUGUGCUUUGUCCUGCCAAUUUUAAAUGACCCAAGAAAUGAGGCUUCCAGCAGUUUUCUUGGAAGAUUCCUCCAUGUUCUCGUGGUUCUCACUGUCAUGAUGACAUCCCCCACCCCCCAAACUUUUUGUUGCACCAUAAACUAUUCCUCUCCUUCCUUCAUGUUUGCACCCUUCAGUUACAUGGUUAUUAUCCCCUAUAGCAGUGGUGGGCAACCUGCGGCCUGUCAGGGUAAUCCACUGGCAGGUUGCGAGACAGUUUGUUGUGACAAACGUGCUGGCCGCUGCCUCCCACAGCUCCCAUUGGCCAGGAACAGCGAUCGGCAGCCACUGGGAGCUAUGCGUGGCCGUGCCUGCGGAUGGUCAAUGUAAACAAACUGUCUCGCGGCCCGCCAGCGGAUUAUCCUGACGGGCCGCAGGUUGCCCAUUACUGCCCUAUAGUCAUCAUCUGGCCCAGCUGUGCAUAUUUAGCUCUUACUCUUUCCUCAUAAAUCAGUCCCUCAGAUACUGCAGCUAAAAAAAAAUAAUGGAAGUGGUCUGGCACAUUACAUCAUCCAGUUGGUUUUCAGAUUUUUCUGCAUCUGAUUUUUAUCUAAAGCUUUGAUUUAUUGAGCAUUCUUUUUCUCUGUUCUGGGUUUCCCCCCUCCCCCCCACCCCGCUCUCUAUAAUGCUCUCAGCAGUGCUAGCACCAGAAAAUGACACUUACUCCUUAAUCAGUCUGAUGUUCUUGAAUAAUUUUUUUUUAAAGUAAAGGGUCAGAUUAUGGCCAGUCCUGCAAAGAUUCCCAGGGAAAUAUGGGGAGGAAGUAUACAAAGAGCUGUCCCCCUUCUCUAACCUGCCUCUUGCUUGCAUCACUGUACAAAGUCCAGACAACAACAGCACAGUCCUUGCUUUCCAUAAGUGAUAGCUCCAGACUAGUGUGAGCAGUGGCAUUAUUGGACAUAAGGGCAGAGCCAUGGCUCCUCUUCCCUUCACAGCCAGCUUGUGCUUAGCUGUCUUAAUCACCCUUUGUUUGGCAGCUCCUUUACACAUGCUGCUGUGGUGGUGAUGUCUGCUUAGGAGCAACCAGGAAAGUAGAGGAAUGAGUGGUCAGUGCACUGAGUAACUUUCUGUUGUGUGCCUCCUUUUCCAACACUACUGUCUAAAGGGAAAGAAUGAGGGUAACAUUUGACAUUUAUAAACCAAGAGAAAGUGUGGCAAGGCUUAAUGUUUGACUUGUACCAGUUAAUGGAGCCAUCUAGUUAGGCUAUGCCUGGGGUGCAAAUAAUUAGCAUACACUUACCAAAACUUGUCUGUUAAUAUUUGUGAGUUUCUUUACAUCAGCAGUAACAUUUAUGGUCCCUUGAUUAUAAAAACUGAAAGCCAAACAAGGAGAUUUAUUACCCAGGUGGGGAGCCCUGCUUAAAUGGAUUUUCCUGGCAGUUUACUAAGGGAUGCUUCCUGAAAAGGGAUCUGUGUGGACACAGGAAUGCAUCCACAUGGAUCCAUUUGCAGAAUGUAGGCCCAAGGGUGAAAUUCACUGUGGUACAGGGGUCCAGUGCAAGUCUUAUGUACUAAUUACCUUUCACUUAAACAACCUAAAGGCCUUUUGUUGGGCUUCUGCACUGAGGAAUUUCACUCUCAGACAUUGUCAGGCUCUAUUUACCAGAGUAACAGUUUUGGUUGUCAAAGUGCAGAAAUUCAUCAUCUCAGAUUAACAAAGAUGGGCAGCUGAGUUAAAUCACGAAUUAAACCAAUUUCUUAAUCAUUAAAAGGGCUCUAAAACUCUGAAUAGAAAAGUUACCUAUGGCCAGGAUCCACAAAGGAAUUUAGAUGUUAUGAUGCUGAGUAUUGCACAUUUGCUCUUCUCAAAAUCCCCAAAGACAAACUCACCAAGCUUGUUAAUCAAGGCAUUGAUUUGUACACCCACAGUUACCAGCAGAUUAUUUUAAUUGUAGUUAGUGUUUUUAAAAGCACCUGCCAAAAGGCAGAAGGAAGCCAAGUAUAAAUUUAACCAGUUAUGAGGAAACUUUAACUAACAUUGUUCAGUGCUUCCUUUGUUUUGAGCAAUAGUAUUAAAAAAUGUGGUGGUGACUUAGAAAAACAACAGUGUUUACUGAAUGGAUUAAUUUACAAAAUAUGAUCAAGAGAUGGGAUGCUGUCAAGUGUCACCAAGAACUCCUGUCUCCCCAGAAGACUAUUCAUCUUGCAUAUGCACCGUCUUAAAGCAGACAGGGAACACAACCAUGCACGAGAUCAAUAAAAUGACACAGGCCUCCAACAUACAGCUGAAGAGAAACUCUGUUUCUGAGAAGGGAGCAGCAUAUUUGUAGGAGAGAAAAUAGGAGAGGGAGAAAAAUGAGGGGAAAGAAUGAGAAAGAGACGGACUGAGAGAGAGGAGCCGUGUGACAGGGAGGGACAGAACAAGGGAGGAGCACCUUCUCCCCAGUUUAGGAGCAGGGAAAGCUCGACCUAUUCCCCCCGCCUUGGGAAAAAAAUGUUGCAGCUCCAACUGCUCUGCUCCUGCCUGGUUAAAGAAAUGAUGGUUUUUUGGUGGCUGUUCUCCCUCCUCCCUUCCAGAGAAAUAGUCAGAAGCAUCUCCAGCCCCUCUCACCAAGCUUCAGAGUAGCAGCCAUGUUAGUCUGUAUUCGCAAAAAGAAAAGGAGUACUUGUGGCACCUUAGAGACUAACCAAUUUAUUUGAGCAUAAGCUUUCGUGAGCUACAGCUCACUUCAUCAGAUGCUAAAUCAUCACCAAGCUAAAAUUUCUCUUUGUCCCUCGGAGAAUGGGUUUUCCUGAGGCCUGUAUAUGUUGUUUCUGUUGUUUUCCCACGAGGCAGGUAAAUGGGAUAACGACUUAAUGCUGUUGUUUCAACACAAGGUUCCUCAGUGGCAUUCAUAAACAAUUUGUGUGUGUGUGUGUGUAUACAUGAAGGUGUUCUAGAAUGAUCCACUGGGAAGAAGAAAGAUACGUGCUUGGUGUGUGACUCCUUAUACAGACCUCCACCCCACCCUUUUAUUCUAGACACAGGACAAUAUUUUAACAUAUUACACUAAUAAAUGGCUAAAGUGCAUGUGGCCUUCUAGUGGCUGGUCCACAGAUAAGAGUCUACUAUAGCUCUCAGCUAGAGGAAUUAAGGCUGUAGCUGAAGUGGUAGAACUACUUUUACACUUGAAGGUCCUAGGUUUAGUCCCCACUGUUGACCCCUAGUACUGGUUGUGACACUGAAUGGACCCAUACAUAGCAAUAAAAUCACAUCAUACUUUCUAACUGGUGCUAGUCUCAUUCUCAUCCUCCUCUCCCACUCCCCUGUUCAUCAUCACAUGCACUAUUAUGUCUAACUUCAUCUGUUAAUGCCUAAAAGCAGAAAUCUGUCAGUUUGCUGUCUGUUAAAUGCCACACAUGCACCUGCGGUGCUAAAUAAACGCUAAUAAUACAC